GACCUCCAUUCGGCCAAUCACAGGGCGCUCGCGUGGUCUACAAGUCCCAGAAUGUUACAGUCAGUCGCCCACGGCUGACUUCCUCUGAAAGAAACGAAAGCGGCAGCGGGCGACCGCUGGCCGUUUUGCAUAUAAUCUGGGACGGCGUUCUGUCAAAAGUUCCAAUUGAACAGCCGGGAGGGGGGGAAUUGUCACCCCGCCCUGUGUGUCCCUUGUUGGGAGGUGACCCUCUCUCUAUAACAUUAGUUGGACGGAGGACAUUGCCAGAUAAGCUUGUGCUGAGUCUGUGAGAAGUACAAUGGAGGAUGUGGAGAGCAUACUGGCCAGGGUUCGAUCGGCUGCGGAUGCCAAUGGAAUAGAAUGGCUGCGGGCCCAGCUUUCUGCCGUGCUGCCGGAUUUGGAGAAAAUGGCGGUUCCACCCGCCCCAGAACUUCCACACGCUGAGAGGUCACGCCCCCCUCCUGUGCGUUCCAGCCCUGAACUGCCCCCGAGGGGCCGCCGCCGCCCUGGGAGCCCAGUCUUGGACCCUUCGGCCCCCACAGCCAAGAGAACGCCUGCUCUGUGGUCUGGUGGGGCUGGAAGGAAUCCCCUUCACAGGCGGACCCCGGGUAAGGAAUGUGGGUCACCCCCCAGCUCCUCAACCCCAUCUGCCGAUCAGCGGAACCAUGUGGCCUACCCGGUGGGUGUCCUGCCUGCCGCUGGAGCGGCCUGGCGAGGGAGAGAAAGUUCUACCAAUGCCGAUCAGAUUCCUGGGGCGACUGGGACUGCCACCGAGAGAAGCCGUGGUACUACUGGAGGGGGCGCCGGCGCGGCUACACCGAAGUGGGACUGGCACGCCGCUUCUGCCACGCAAUCCCAACAGACAGAGCAGCGGGGGAGGAGGGCAGUCGCCAGUGACUUCUUCAGCCCGCAGCCUUCGGAGGAAGACCGGUCGGAGGAGGCGCUGACAACAUCGGAGGAUGGAGCAGAGGCCGCCAGUGACGUCUUCACCCGGCAGCCUUGGGAGGAAGAUAGGGCGGAGGGGGCGCUGACAACAUCAGAGGGUGCCAGUGACGUCUUCAGCCGGAAGCCUUGGGAGGAAGACAGGGCGGAGGAGGCGCUGACAACAUCAGAGGAUGGAGAAGAGGCCGCCAGUGACGUCUUCAGCCGGCAGCCUUGGGAGGAAGACAGGUCGGAGGGGGCGCAGACAACAUCAGAGGAUGGAGAAGAGGCCGCCAGUGACGUCUUCAGCCGGCAGCCUUUGGAGGAAGACAGGUCGGAGGGGGAGCUGACAACAUCAGAGGAUGGAGAAGAGGACGCCAGUGAAGUCUUCAGCCGACGGCCUUGGGAGGAAGAGAGGGCAAAGGGGAAGCUGACAACAUCGAAGGAGGGAGCGGAGGACCCCGGGGACGACCCUCUGCCGGGUUCUGACACAGGGCUGCAGGGAUCCGUAUCGGCGACUGUGUGGUCUGGUGUCGCAGGGCAGCCUGGUUCAGAAUGUUUGGUGUGGAUCCUUGGCCAUAACUAUGUUGUCUUGGGAGCAGCACAUGCUGGUCUUAACCCUGAUGGUCUACAGUUGGGAUUUCCCAGGGAACAGGUCAGGAUCAAAUGGAUCGGGGUCCCGGGGAUGUUAUGGUCCAGGGUCUUGCCUGAGGUAAAUCACUAUUCCAGGCUUGACAGGCCCCCCGACGUGCUCAUUCUUCAUGUUGGAGGCAAUGACCUAGGGAUUCGUGCCUCACGCGAGUUGAGUAGGGAUAUCAAAUUUGAUUUUUUGCGCUUGCGGAUCACGUUCCCCGACACUGUUGUCGUGUGGUCUGACAUUGUGGCUAGGACUUCCUGGAACUUGGCGAUGUCUGCGGCAAAGCUUAACAAAGCGAAGAUCAAAGUAAACAAAGAGGUGGCAAAAAUGUUUGUCUCUAACGGUGGCUUAGCGAUUCGCCAUGGCGACAUGGAAAAGCAACCUCAGCUGUUCCUGAGAGAGGACGGGGUUCAUUUGAAUUCAGUGGGGAUCGACCUUUGGUGCUUAGGUCUGCAGGAAGGAAUCGAGCGUGCCCUUCGGGUGUGGCGGGCCGCCCAGGCGUAAAAUUUCAUGCUGGGCGUCUGUGGCAGAGAUCAUAGAGGUUUUUUUUUUUUUUUUUUUUUGGAUGUAACACGUGUUGGGGCAGUUGGCUGGAGAAUUUGCCGAAAAAUUGUCCCUGAGCUGGUGCGGCUGGGGGCCGUAGAAAUGCAAGGUGUAAAAGCUGAACCCCUCCAGGUGGUGGACUGAGAAUGACGCUCUCCUCAAUGUGGGAGUAACAGGUGCUGGCUCAACACAAACGAUAAGAAGGAAAAUCUGGACAGCAGCACUCCAAUAUACGCAUUUUAUUGUAAAAAAAUCAUCAAAGUUCAUGUAACAGAAGCAGGGGCAAGAUACUGACGCGUUUCACAACAGGCAAGGCGGUGCCAGAUACAUCUAGUUAAAUCCUGACCUAGAAAACAUGCAGUUGCAUUCGGUCUGAGAAGUUAUGGUAUUUUUUUUUCUGUUUAUUACCGCUUAUAUUAUGUAAUCUUUCAUGGUUGGUUAUUGUAAUAAAGGGCUGUUUAUGGCCAUUUAAACGCAAGAAA